AAAGAUGCUCAAAUGAGAGCAACUAUAAACCAAAAAUUAGUAGAGACUGGAGAAAGAGACAGAUUAAAGGAGUUGUUAAGAACUAGAUUAAUAGAAAGUGGCUGGAGAGAUCAAUUGAAAUCUUUUUGUAAAGAUGUUGUACAACAGAAAGGUCUAGCACAUGUUACUGUUGAUGAUUUAGUGGCAGAGAUUACACCUAGAGGAAGAGCCUUGGUUCCUGAUAAAGUAAAAGAGGAAUUAUUACAAAGAAUAAAAAUGUUUCUAUCUCAACAAGCCAAUGCAACUAGUGAUAUUAAAUAA